GCUGCGAAAAAACAAGAUCAGUCUCUCUGUGGGAAGGAGACGGUAUGCCAUACGAGCGGCGCUCACGCUCUUGCUCGCCUAUCCACGAGCCCGUAAACGAAUCUUUUUUUGGAUCUGUCCGAAAUUAUUUCCUCUCGUCCGAUACAAAGUGUUCAAAGUGCCGACUGUUUCCAAAAUCAAUACCGAUUCUCCAGUCGUCUCCUGCGGACUUCCAGUGAACAGAGUGAUAAGUGUAAUCAGUGUUCAGUGUGUGCGCCACGGAUAGCACGUAAUGUAGAGUUAUAUAAUAUAGUUCAAUUAUUAAAUGUGCGAAUUUCAUAAUUUAAUUAAUUAGGUAUUUUUUUGCGAUGUCUUCAAAAUUUCGAUGUAAGAACGCUCCGAUCGUUCCCGCACCAGGGCGCCUUCAGACCACACUUUGUACGGAGUUCAGUUCUCACUUGGACCCCUCACUCGGCUCGUCUCCCCCGUUUUACCACCCCGAUUAAGAGAUAGUUUUAAAGAGAUCGAGGGGCAGUCGGGCUAAAUUCGUUGUUUCCCGCCCCGUCGAAUUCCGGCAGUUCAAAAACAAUAGCCGACCAGUUGUCGCUCCGGAGAAGAUCCAAAAAUAAACGCCACCCUCUCGAACGACGACGUCUCGUGUGAGUGACUGAGUGGAGGAGCAGGAUGUGGCCGCUCGGAGUAUGGGUAUCCCGGUAUCUUCACGAAUACCCGUACUGAACUGUGGUAGUGGUAGCGAGUGGGCCAGGAGUAUGUCGGCGUCAGCACCCCCGGGACUUCGGUUCGGCUCAGCGGUGCUGCUCGCCAUGGUGUUCUGGUGUGCUAUGUGGACCUCUCAGUGUGACGGUGUCGCGUCCGCCUCUCCCCUGCACAGGACGGAUAUUACAGGGGAAAUGAUCAGUGUGGACUCCAGGAGGGGAGAUACUCCUCAGUACUCGGAUUAUUCGACGUACCGACCGUCCGCACUCCUAAAACGUUCCAGGCGGAUAUCGAGGACUUUCCCGGGAACCGCGGUAGGUUUCUCCAGGGGCUUCUCCAAGUCCUUGAAAUCCUCCGAUUUCCAACAGCCCUGCUCUCACGUCGGCGAUCUCAUCAACGACGUCGCCGCCCGCGCCUACCUGGCCGGUACGGUCUUCGAGGGUAAGGCCCGGUCCCGGAGUUCGGUGAGGGAGCCUGGGGGUACUUACGCCGUAACGUUCUCCGUGCAGCACGUACACAAGGACCACAGUCCGGGUACCCUCAGACUGCGGAGUCAAGUGCGGUUACAGUUCCGAGAGAAGGCGGGCGGCCCCAGAGCGGCGGCCUCAGGGCCUUGUGUGCAGAACUAUAACUACACCGGUGUGGGUCUGGUGAGGGCCAACAUCAAGCGAGGGGGCAAGUACCUCGUGUUCGUCAGUGGGGUCGGGCCCCACAACUUCACGGUGGUCGGCGAGCCAGUGUUCCGCAGCAAGAAGAACCUGCAAGCUGUGCGAGACGUCCUCUGUCACAACUGUGUCAGGCCCGUUGAUGUCUGGGGACUACGGGAUGUCACAGUCAAGGUGAAGGAACGCCUCAGGCUGGUGUGUCGGUGAAGUGGCAAUCCUCUU